AUGGCGGGCGCGGAGCCGGGGCCCGAAGGCAGUAGCGAGGAUGGCGGCGGCGGCGGCGGCCCGGCUCUUCCCGGCCAGAGCGUCAGCGCGGCGCGCGUGGCCCCGCUGGGUCCCGAGCAGCUGCGGCGAGUCCUGGAGCAGGUGACGAAGGCCCAGUCGCCCGCCGAGCCGCCGCCGCCACCGCCCUUCGUGCCGCAGGACGCGGCGCGGCGGCUGCGGGACGCGGCCCAGCAGGCCGCCCUGCAGCGGGGUCCGGGCGCCGAGCCCCCGCGCCCGCCGCGCCUGCUGCCGCCCCAGCAACUAGAAGCCAUUUAUGUCAAGGUGACAUCUGGUGACACAAAAAGUCAGGAAAGCCCAAUGCCCCCACUGGCGACCAUCCAGCCCAAAGCAGCAAGACAGAGUCAGCCACUGGGGAGGAACUCCAGUCUGGUGGGGCUCAGUGUCACCAGCCCUCCCCUGCUCAGGGUGCAGCCCCUUGGGAGGACUGGGUCACAGCUGUGCAUCCUCAGAGGCUCGCCUCAGCCUCCUGCUCCUCAGGUGUUUGUACAGAGGCCACUGCCUGCCCUCCAACCACUCCCUUCAAAGACAGACACGGCCCAGGCUUCCACUGGACAGGGUGCCAGGUUGACACCUUUGCCGGCCUGUGACCCUCCCGCAGUAGCAUCUGUUUCGUCCAGUUCAGCACGUCUAUUAAUUUCCAGCUUGCAUACUAAACAUACUGAGAAACCAAGAAAACCUCUGAAAGUGAAAACACGUUCUGGACGAAUAUCUCGACCUCCCAAGUACAAAGCUAAAGAUUACAAGUUCAUCAAGACCGAGGACUUGGCGGAUGGGCACCCAUCGGAUUCUGACGACUACUCAGAACUGAGCGUGGAAGAGGAGGAAGAGCAGAGGGAGAAGCAGGCACUAUUUGACCUAUCCAGCUGCGCCCUGAGGCCCAGGGCCUUUAAGUGUCAGACCUGUGAGAAGUCUUAUAUAGGAAAGGGGGGACUGGCCCGGCAUUUUAAACUCAAUCCAGAUCAUGGCCAGCUCGAGCCUGAGGAGUCACUGUCUGAGAAAGCCAACAGGAGCCUGACCCAGGCAUGUGUAGAGGGAAGGAUUGGAGGCCUGGCCUCCCCUGAGCUGGCCACACCAGCUGUGCCCUGUGAGGAAGGGGCAGAAGCAACACGGGGUGGCCUGCAGAAUAGUCAAUCUGUAGAAGUUGAAGCGGCAAUGGUGCCUGAACUGGGAAAUAGACAUCAUGCAGCUCAUUUGGGAUCAGAACGACACCAAGGACCUAGAAGACGUGGAGAGUCAGAGACCCUGGCAGAGUCCAGUACAGCCAUCCUCCAGCUGGGCAGAGCAGCUCAGCUGAAUGGAGGCCCUGCUAUGGCUGCUGGGCAGAGUGUCUCAGGGAGCAGAGCCCAGCUCAAGGAGACUCUCCAGCAGUGUGGCCGGGAAGAUCUGGUGGAAUUGGUGCUGCCCCAACUGGCUCAGGUUGUGACUGUGUAUGAGUUUCUUCUGAUGAAGGUUGAAAAAGGUCAUCUAGCAAAGCCUUUUUUCCCAGCUGUUUAUAAGGAAUUCGAAGAGUUGCAUAACAUGGUUAAGAAAAUGUGUCAAGAUUACCUCAGUAGUUCUGGUCCGUGUUCUCAAGAGCCCCUGGAAAUCAACAAUAAUAAGGUUGCGGAGUCCUUAGGAAUCACAGAAGAAUUCCUGAGGAAGAAAGAAAAAAACCUAGACUGCGUUGCACCCAAGCAAUCCAGCCAAGAGAUGGAUGUGGGGAAGCUGGAGGAAGCAAGCAGACAGAGGAGGGAAAAUGAGGCAGCAGAGGAGGGGCUGGCUGCAGUGAAAAGGCCCCGAAGAGAAGCUCUUGUCGCCAACAGCAGAAGUCCGGAGAAGCCCAGGCCCUCGUGUGCUGCAGCUGCCAGCAUGGGUUUUGCCCCUCCUGCCCAUGGGAACACCUCUCCCUGCUUGGAAGGAAGCCCAGGGAUGCUGGUUUCUGAUAGUGACCAAAGUGAAAGCGCGUUACCUGCAGGCCGGCAGCUUGUGGUGGCAGCGUUUGCUGACUUUGAAGCCAGAAGUGGGUCUCCAUGCCCUGCUCUCCUGUCUCGGGAUGUCAGUGGGCCAGCUCUUUACUCUCACUUAGGGGAACCUGGGGGGCUGCCUUCAGCCCAGGUGUCAGAGUUCCCUGGAGAGGAUGUUUUGGAACACACUGUAGACCAGGGUGCCAGGGACAGCCAGCAAAACCCAGGGAUCUGUGACACCCUUUCAUCAGGUGGAGAAGUGAAGUCCUCACUGCUUGCUGGUUCUGGAAAUACAGAGGCAGGGGACCUCAAGGAGACAAGUGAUUCCCACCUGAAUGACCUGCAGGCCACAGCCCCUCUGCUAGAGGACAUUUUGCCCAUGGAUAUCGUGCAGGUAGACUGUGCCUCCAGGACUAGGUCCGAGCCAGGGCCUCAUCCUGGCCAGGAUGGAUCACUGUCAACUAAAAGGCGCCUUGGAAGCCAAGCCGGGGACCUAAACCAUCCCUGCAGGAUGGAGGUGCACAUUAGCCAGAGGGACCUGGAGAGCGUGGCUGCUGUAGGGGAAGCACUGGCUUUUGAAAUUACCAGUGGAUGCCAGGAGGUGUUGUCUCAGGGACAGGAGCAGAUUCUUAUUCAGACUUCUGGUGGGCUUCUCUUGUCCCAUCCAGGUACCAUAGUGCCUCGGGAGGAGGACAUUGUCAUAGUGACCGAUGCAGAAGGGACUGCCAUGAGGAUUGGCCCACCAGAGGGGGUUCCCCUUGGAAUGGUGGAGACGUUCCUCACUAUGGAGGCCGAGCCCGAUCAGUGACAAGGAGUCAGAACCUCAAUCCUAGAUUCGUAUGUAUUUUAUCCUAAGAAGGUCUAUUUCAGGCAGUGUAUAUUUUUCUAAUGUGAAUACUGACACAAGUGAGCCUUUUAUUUAUAAAGAAUAAUCUCUGUCACUCUACUCUCUAUCUUUCUAAAGAGCUCAUUCACGAUAGUGGGUUUUUGUAUUAUUUUUUGGUUUUUGUUUUGGUGGG